AUGUGUAUAAUAUGUCAAAGGCAACCCAUGACCUUCCACGAAGCCCAAGGUCGUUGCCAUGACCUCCAAGGUCAUCUGGCUCACGUGACAGACCUCAGGGAGCAAGUUUUUCUCGAAGAUUUCAUAGAUGAUAGGCUGAAAUCAAAGAAGAAGAUGACGACGACGACGACGGCGGCGAUGGGUGGUGGUCAUAACGUUGAGGCGGCUGCAACUACCACCAUGCGAGAACCUUCCCUCAAUCUGAUUGGCUACUGGCUCGGAGCAAGGCGAUCACGUGGCAGUCAUGAAGGUAGAUGUAUGUUUGAUCAAUGGAAAUGGAUUGAUGGAUACGGAAGGGUUUACGCGGCCGUUGGUGGAAUGACGGCGUUCGCUACUGGAAAACCCGACAAACCUUUCGACCAAUCAGCUUGCUCCAUGCAAGCGUUGGUCAUUUUCUAUCAUUGUCUGAUGCUUGGGUUCAAGUUUGACGAGAACUUUAUGAGUCCGCGUUAUUUGGAACCUGAAGAAUGUUUGUACAUAUCGACCAAAAAUGAACAAGAUGAAAAUAGCGAAUGGCAACCACCAAUUAUUAACCCCCCCUCCCUCGUCACAAACGAUAAAUCUCAAUAA